GAAUGAAAGCACCUUCACUUAAACUUUCUUCCAAAUGGCUUACAUUGUGAUUGCUAAACAUCUUAUAGACUGUCUUUCUGCUUAUGACCCAAAAACAACUGCAAUCACAGAAGGAUGCUGAAGCUAUUGAUUACUCUGAUUUUAGAGCAGAAGUCUUCCUUCUCCCAGUAGCAGAAGCUGACGGAUAAACUUUCAACUAUCAAAGUGAAAGCAGACACCUGGAAGUAACCAAGAGCAGUUUCCAUUCUAGACAAAUUUCAUGCAAAUCUUAAUAAGGUAUUCAGUGCCCAGAUGACAGAUGUAUUAGACAGAUUUCAGCAACCGAUUUCCAAUUUUAUGCAACUUAAUAAAGUUGCCAGAAACAAAUCUAAUCUUUCUGGAAAUCAGUCUGUAAAACAAGAGGGGAAAUAUUGCAACUUUCUUGGUCAUCAGACACAAAUAUCUUUGUUGGGAAUACAUUGGAGGAAUGGAUUAAUAAAAACAGGAAAAAAAUCAUAUUCCUUUUUACUUUGGCUAAUUACAUUAUAUCCUGGACUACUCAACAGUCUGCUCUGGUACAAUGGAUUUUAUUCACCAAGGAUUUUUGCCACCAAAGCAAGAACCAGGCUGAAUUGCACCAGGUCAUUGCUUCGUCUAAGAGAACAUCAGCCAGAUGAAAUUGGUCAAGGAAUAAAUCAAGUAGAAGUAAAAGACCUUUUAAUCCACAAUCACACACAUCCGCACUGCCUGGAGAAGGAAAGGCUCUUUGCGAUACCACCUGAGUGCGUGAAACAGAAGAGCAGGCAUGCUGAACACCAAGAGCUAUUCCUCUGAAACCAGCAGCCAGGCACCAUAUGAAACACCAGCACUGUCUGACCUUCAGAAGCUGUUCUGGUUCAGAGGAGGGUCUGACAAUCAUUUGGACCAAGUCUGGCCAAACCUAUUCCUGGGAGACGUCUGGGCUGCUAGAAGUAAAGCAACUCUUCAAAAUCUCAAUAUUACUCACAUCCUUAAUGCAGCAGAUGGGCCAUACAGUAUCAACACAGGAGCCAGAUAUUACAAAGAUCUGCAAGUAGCGUACCAUGGAGUAGAAGCGUUCGAUGACCCUUCCUUUGAUUUAAGUAUCUUUUUCUAUGAUGCAGCUAAUUUCAUAUACAAAGCCUUACACACACCAGGAGGUAAAGUGUUCGUUCACUGUGCCAUGGGGAUAAGCCGCUCUGCAUCUUUAGUGCUCGCUUUUUUAAUGAUCCAUGAAAACAUGACGCUUGUGGAGGCUUUAAAAAUGGUGAAUUCUCACAGAGAGAUCUGCCCAAAUACAGGAUUCCUGAGCCAGCUCCGAGACCUGGACAUCAAAUUAAAUGAAGAGAGGAAAGGAGUUAGAGAAUCUGCCAGCAAAGAACCAUAAUACAGAACUGCACAGAAAGUGGAUGCAACACCAUCAGUAUUUUCUGGAUCUCUUUUAAAAUGAAUUAUGUUUUCCAAACCAAGGGCAUAAACUGAAAAUGCAGCGUAACACAUAGUCUAUAUGUAAAUGCUUAUUUGACUUUAUUAUCUUUACAUUGUAUAAAGCCUAUCUAAAUUCUACCCGCAGCGCAAUUGGCUUUGGUAUUCUUCACUCCCUGCCCUCAAAUGUUGUGAGAAAUAGCUGUAAACUGUUAAGCAGCUGCCAAGCUCCACCCUAGAGGUGGCUGCAUUUCAGUGAUGCAUGACAUUUAUAUUAGUCCGUGAAGUGUUAGGAUUCUUUGGGGGUGAAAAGUGCUUUGUUAUUAUAUUAUUUGUACUUCAGUAGUGCCUACAGGCCCCAAUCAGGGCUCCCAUGGUGCAAUAUAUGUUUAAGAUUGUUAAUGUUUUGAGGUUUUAAUGUUGGCAUCUGUUUGUUAUAGGUUAUAACAAUUUGUGCAGCAGUCUGAGCCCCUUGGCUGGGCCAUGGAGGCUCUUUAGAUAUAGAACAGCUGGGAAAUGUUGAAGCCACUCUCUUAAGAAACAAUUCCAGUCUGUU